GCAGUGAGGCGUGUCGUAAUUUUGCUGCCUCUGCAUCUGUUAAUGGCCAUGGCCGUUUGCGUUUCGAUUUUUACUCUUGCACGCAGAAUAGCAAGUUGAAGAAGAAGAUGCUGAUCAGUUUGAGCAUUCAAGGCCUAUUGGAUUUGUUCGUCGCCGGAGUUUCUCUCGUCAUAGGUUUGGGGAUUUUUGCUCUUAUUGCUACCAUUCUUUGCUCUGCCGCUUUCUUGCACAGUACUAAGGAUGUUUCCUAAUCCGGCGUUCGAUCGGAGGUAUGCUCUUUUGCUAUUCUUGUUUUUCAUCCUAAUCUCGAAUCGGAAUCGUGUUCUGAUUCUUUCGUCGUCUGUUUGAUCCGAAUCCUGGAGAAAAUUUUGAUCUCAAUGGUAAUAGAAAUGGAAAGUUGACUUGA